AUCAAUGCGGAAGCAGCUUUGAAUGGUGACAGCGCUAACUGGUAUCAGUGUUUUUAUUUGUAAUUACGGCUCUAAAUAUCGAACACAAAGACAUAAGACUAAAAACCAGCACGUGUAGCUUUGUAACGUGCAGCUUGACGGAGCCUCCGUUUGAAAUGUGAAGUCAUGGCUUCCUAUCCUUCCCUGUUUGUUGAUGAACUGGUGCUAGCUCGCAUGUGAAAUCACUCUCACCAACUUACUCGUUUCAUGAGAGACUCCAGCAGCCAGCAAAAUGAAAGUCCGCUCGUCUGUUUUCGCCUCGUUCAUCUUAAUAUUCGAGGUGAUCGGCAUCGCUCUCUUCCUGCGGGGAUUUUUCCCGGUGCCCGUCAAGUCGUCUCUUUCAUCCAAGAACAAGCUGUCAGAUCUGCCAGCGGAGCCGCUGUCCGGGAGCUCUCCUAACUCCUCUCGCCUGCCCCAGCCGCUGUUUAAGCGGGUGGUGAUAAUGCUGGUGGAUGCCCUGCGGGAGGACUUUGUGUUCGGACCCAAUGGUCCCAUUUACAUGCCCUACACCAGACAUGUGGUGGAGAGGAGCUCAUCACACAGUUUUGUGGCCAAGGCAAAACCCCCCACAGUCACCAUGCCGAGGAUCAAGGCUCUCACCACUGGCAGUAUCCCAGGCUUCAUCGAUGUGGUAAUGAACCUAAAUUCUCCUGCCCUGGUGGAAGACAACCUCAUUUGGCAGGCCAAAGCAGCAGGGAAGAGGAUAGUUUUCUACGGAGAUGACACCUGGGUCCGCCUCUUCCCCAAACACUUCAUGGAGUACGACGGCACAACCUCCUUCUUUGUGUCCGACUACACUGAGGUUGACAACAACGUGACCCGUCAUCUGGAUAGCACCCUGAAGAGAGAUGACUGGGACAUUUUGAUCCUCCACUACUUGGGCCUGGACCACAUCGGUCACAUCAGCGGACCCCACAGUUCACUCAUUCAGCCCAAACUGCUGGAGAUGGAUGACAUCCUGAAGAAGAUUCACGGUGCACUCAUUUCCAAGGAAGCAGAGGGCUCCCUGCCCUACCUGCUGGUGCUGUGUGGGGACCACGGCAUGUCGGAGACCGGCAGCCACGGAGGGUCCUCAGAGCAAGAAAUCAACACACCCCUGGUGCUCAUAAGUCCGGCCUUCAAAAGAAAAGUGGGAAUGGAGAAGCCCGGAGUGGUCGAGCAGGUUGACCUGACCCCAACCCUGGCCCUUGGACUCGGCCUGCCAAUAUCUCAAAACAGCGUGGGCCGCGUCAUCCCAGGUGUCCUCGAAGAAAGCUCACUCAGAGACCAGCUGCGCUUUCUGCAUCUCAAUGGCCACCAGCUCAGCUGCCUGCUUAAAGACAGCACGCCCAACUAUGAGAAAGAGGCUGGCUUUGAGCAGUUCCGUGUGGCAGAAAAGGCUCAUGGGAGCUGGAUGAAGCUCUACCUAGAGGGGAACACCUCCGAGGUGCUGUCCAAUAUGGGGAAAAAGGUCCUAAAGCAGUAUCUGGACGCCCUGGCCUCCAUGAGCUCGGCUCUCGGCAAACAGCUGGGCAAGUACGACAUGUACUCCAUGAUCGCAGGCAUGGUCUUUGUAUUCCAGCUCCUGUUGGUCUUACUGCUAGCGAUGCCUGAAGCCCUCAGCGGUGCAGCAGCAGUGGACCUGCCCGUCCUUUCAUCCCUGCUCUCCCUGCCUUUCUACCUCCUGUGCCUGCUGCUCUCCUCAGUUCACGUCUUGGUGUGCACAUCUGCCGAGAGCUCCUGCUACUUCUGCAGCCUCUCCUGGGGUCUCGUGUUUGUUGCUGUUGUCUUCUCCUCGGCGAUGUUUUGUAUUCUGAUCUCCAUGGUAACACGCCGACUCCCCCAGGGGACGAAGAUUCACGGGAAGUCUCCACUGAGGGGCAGCGGCAGUGAGUGGUCACUCUCGGAGCUGGAUGUGUUGCUGCUGGCGGGCACCGUUGGACACACUCUCAGCUUGGCGGCCAGCAGCUUCGUAGAGGAGGAGCACCAAACCUGGUACUUUCUGCUCAGCACCCUCUGCCUCGCCAUCUUCCAGGAUGUGUGCCGCGAGUACUUCAGAGAGCAGAGUGGCUCGAGAGAUGAGGAAGAGCUUAUCCUGCCCUCCAAAGACGGUCACCCCUCUGCUCACCCUAAGGCAGAGAUGUACUCCGAGAAGUGGUUAGCAUUAGCCACGCCGCCCUUCACUCUGCUCUGCUGCCGGCUGCUGCGCUCGCUCAACCAGACCGGGGUACAAUGGGCUCAUCUUCCUGAUGUCGGACAUUGGCUGAACAGCUCUGAGCACAAGGUGGUUAUCUCCCUGCUGGCUGCUUUCUGUUUGGUUCUUAUCUACUUCCUGGUUCAAAGACGGUGCUCAUGGGUCUCCAAGGUCGCCCUCGCUCUUGGACUUCUGGGCGUCUACAGCUACCGGGCAGCUGUCGGCAACGUCUUGUUUCCCUGGCAACAUUCUGGCCGUACCCCAUCCAAGGGAACGGUGGAGGCCCGCUUUGUUUAUGUCUUCGUUUUGGGCAUCCUCUUCACGGGCACCAAGGACCUGCUGCGCUCCCAAAUCAUCACAGCAGAUGCCAAACUGAAGAGCAGGGGAUUGUGGGAGAUUUACAGCGGUUUGGUUUUGCUGGUCACGCUGCUGUUCCGUCCCCACAACAUGCCCGUGCUGUGCUGCUGCCUGUUGAUCCAGACGCUCAUGGCUCAGUUUAUCUGGAAGAAGCUCCACUACGACGCAGCCCAGACCACCAUCAUGCACUACUGGUUUGGUCAGGCCUUCUUUUACUUUCAGGGCAAUUCCAACAACAUUGGCACCGUCGACAUUUCAGUCGGAUUCAUCGGACUGGAAAGUUACGUGGAGGCACCUGCCAUCAUCUUGACGGCCCUCAACACUUAUGCGGGGCCCGUGCUCUGGGCAUGUCACCUGGUCUGCUACCUCAGCUCAGCGAGAGGCCGGACCCCGGUUUCAGUCGGUCACGGCUGCUACUGCUUGGCGCUGCUGAGGUCUGUGCCGGCUGCAGCCUACAUUGUGCUGGUGACCGUUCUGCGCUACCAUCUCUUCAUAUGGAGUGUCUUUUCGCCCAAAUUACUGUACGAGUCCAUGCACCUGCUGCUGACUGCAGGGAUCUGUCUCUUCUUCAACACGAUGGAGCAGAGCCAGAGCGCCGGUACGUCAUAGGCAGAACGGCUGAUCUUCCACUGAGGGAACCUCUGGAGUCGAAGGGUCAGAUACAGUCUCUUGAUUAUGUGUGUAAGAACCGCUAAUAAAGACUGAUGCACACUGGAGCAUGCUUAUCCUCACUCUGUAGUGUACUCGUCUGUUCACAGUAUGUGAGCAGAUGCCUCUGAAACAGUCCAUCAUCCGGACUCUGUACGUCUGCUUUGCAAAAAUACUUUGAGAAUGCUCUUACAGUGCACUUAUGAGCGGUCUAUUUAAUAUUUAAUACUUUCCAAGGAGAAAAAUGUUUGUGGACGAAUAAAAGGGGAAUCGUGUAAAUAAGCUUUUUUGAAGUAGUAUAACUUUUUUCAUACAUAAAGGGUGUGACCUCAGGGACUGGUGUACAGUGAGUAGUAGUGAUGCAGAGUUUAAUGUUUUGACUCCAUGGGUUCAACAUCAGUGCAGAAGCUUGUGUGUUUAUGUUGAACAGAGUGUGAACAUGAUCUGAACUCUGCUGAACAAUUGUUGUAUAGAUCAUCAAACAGGGAGAGCAGAAGUGUUGAUAACAUGGUAAAUGGACUGUUUAUACAACACUACUCCUGUCUUGUGGACCUCUCUAAACCCUUUUACAGUUCACGUUCACCCAUUCAUGCACACACUCAAACAGAGCUCCUACAUGCAUCAUAUCUUACACGUAUUCCUACACACUGUCAGCCCAGCCGUCAGGAGCAAUUUCUGGGGUUUGGUAUCUUGCCCAAGGACAAAAUGAAAUGUGGACUAGAAGAGCCGGAGUUCAAUCCACCGACCCUCCGGUUAGAGGACGACCUGCUCUACCCCCUGAGCCACAGCUGUCCAAUAACUAAAUUAAUGAUGGCUGAAUUCCAUUUAGCUGCUUCAGUUUCAGGGUCAUAGUUUUACUGUCACGUCUAUGACAUUACAGCCGUUGUUAAUGUUCACACCUUUGAUUUUCAUAAACGUGAGCGUGUGUGCUGUGGACUUUUGGCCUUUUGACUGAUCGUAGAGGACUAUGUUGUCAGUAGAGUGAGGGGGAUGUCGGUCAAACACAGACUGUACCUGCCCACACAGUUAAAGGAUGAUGUAAAGGCUGUUGUCUGAGAUAUUUUCACAUCAAAUGCGUAGUUACAACUCAGACUUGUUGUUCAAAGUCUAAGAAAAUGGCUGGACUAUAAAGAAAAGGCAUAAAAUUGCCAAUAUUGGUAAUCUCAUGCCAAUGUCCCAUCGGCCUUCUGGGUCAAAUCUUCAGUUCUCUGACACUGUUUCCCGUCCAUCCAGUUUCUGUUAUCACACAAAACACUGUGACACUUUUUAAAGGUGUGUUCGGUCAAGUCGACAUUUUGACUUAUCUCUAUCAACAGCUAUCUGCUUAUGAAUGCAGAUAAAUUAAAAAUCAGAUAGCCGAUGCAUUUCGGUCAAUGAGCUCCGUCUCCUUUGCUCUCGUCGUGGACUGUUCACCUGCGAGCAACAAAAGUCUGCUCAAGCAUAAUCGAUCAAACUAGAAGGAUUCCAACCCCAAAUCCUCGCCCACAGAUUCUGCAUGUUCACAUCUAGAAUCUGUUUAUUGAAAUGUAUCUCAUGCUAACCUAAAUUUAUUCAAAACACAAUUUCCAACUAAAUGAUCUGUCUCCAAUAUAGUCAUCAGUUCUCUGGACAUUUCCAGAUUCUUAAACCUUAAAAGGUACCAGGUGAAAAGGAAAUAUUAUAUUUGUACUAUUAUAAACUGCAGCACGUGUUGUACAGUUCUAAUUCCAAUCUCAGUCAGUAGCAAUAUUAUUUUCUUGGCAAACAUUUCUACACAUGAUAGUAAUAAUAAAGUCGAGGCCCAUUAAGAAGACCUGACACACUUUUCCUGACACGCAGCCGGUUUUAUUUCAGUGUAGCUCAAUGAGGAUUUAGCUGUGGGGAUGUCAGGCACAGAAUCCGUGUAACGCAGCAUGUAGGACACACUUAAUGAAAUUGGCAUGAAUACCCAGUUAACAUGGUGGUGUCAGUUCUUUGCCAUAAAUAUAUUCAAUGUAUAUUUUUCUCUCAAUCUACUGAGGUAGUUUAAAUUCACAAACACUGAGCUCGCAGUUACCCACAGCCAUCAUUCAUCUGCACCACAGCUUCAAGAAGAUGUGGGAAAGUGAAGUGCACUUUCCUUCUGUUUUCGUAUUUAUUGAGUCCCCACAUUGUUGUGGAGGAGAUAGAGUUUCAAAACAAAAGAACAGCUAAAAUGAUUCUAGCUGGAUGACCUCAAGGUUUUGCUAAAGGCACACAAUUUCCUUUUUUUAAUUUGCUCCCGUAUAUACAUUAUAACUUUCAUUGUGCAAGUCAUAUAACUUCCAGAGUCUGGCACUGCACUGCAGAGUUAUGCACUUCUCCAACUUCUACUCAAUCCAUUCCUUCAAUAUCACUGAGAAAACUACCAAAGUAAAGUUGGAAAGUUGGCGAUCGUCCAAAGUAAUAAGAGAUUGGAGCCAGAACAGCAAACAGUGUGCUGCUGUCCAAGUACUUAUGGAGCUCACUGUAUUAUAUCAGACUGCUGGGACGUGAAAUUUUGGUCUGAUCAAACUUCAUUGACCGUCAUUGACCCUCGGUUUCUGUAUCAUCAUCAUGUUGGUUUUGUGUCAGGGUGUGGCCAUCUCCCACAUGCAGGACCACAGAGCUAAGACUUCCUCUGUAGCCGUCAUGUUGUCAGGCUGCCGGUGUCUGUGAUGUCACUGAACAGCUGUGACGACUUCAAAGCUCCUUCCUCAUCAUUACCUGGCCGUCCUUGGCUCUGAGAUUUGUCCAGAAAACAGGUUUAAAGAUAUAGUGUUAAAGCCACAGUGAGGAACUUUUCACCUCCAGGCAGUGAAGUGAAUCGUAAGUUCCCACCCACAAAACCUUGUCACUCACCUUGAUGAGCUGUCUGCCUUGAAACGGCAACUCGCCCAAGGCUAAGAUCACGGACGUUCCCUCAAGUCGCCAUGGGCGUCGGAGACGCAGAUGGCAAAACUGAGGAAAGGGGGAAAACAGAGCAGUGCUGGUGCUUGUUGUGUUAUUGAAUAGCGUUUGUGCUUCGAGACGAGUCCGACUGUUUAUUUUACUGCCAUCGAAGUUGUUGCUGUGUGUCACCUUGACAGGGACAGGGAGCCGCAACGCUGACUACACCCAGAGAGAAUGGAAUUUAAAUGUCCUGAACAACAUUGAAAAGUUAGACAAACAAGAGGAUUUACAUUUGAAUAGACCGACAGACAUUCACUGCGUAUGGAUCACAGCGUGGUUACUGGUUUGCAUCAGAGGCAGGACACGUUUAGCUUUCAGGUUUUCAGACUCAACAUCAUGUUACUCCUUUUCUGAACCGGUAGCACACUGUCACAGCACACAGGCUUCAAACAAAGGCUGAUGGGAAUAGUUGAUGAAGCAGAUAAUAAUCUACAUCACUCAUGAGGAUUGUUUCCUCAGUGAUCAGUAUGCUUCAUAUCACUUUGCCUGUCCUACAACAUCACAGUGUCUCAGUAGCAAAGAAGAGUUUGACAUUUUCCAGGAAACCAGAGAGGCUUCAGGAAGUAGAUGUGCCCUGUCAGGAAAUAGUCAAGGGCAGACAAAUAUCAUUAUAUAGUUUAUAACAGUAAUAAUAUGUAAUAUUAUCAGAUUGGUUAUCUGGUGACUUUUUUUUUUUCAUUCAUUUCCAUUUUCCAUCAUAAACAAUCCAGAAAUACUCAAAAGAUAUUGUGUAAAUAUAGAACCUCAUGAAAUGGCUAUAGAUUGAGCCAGUGGAGAGUUUUAUUGACCCUAAAACUGUUUUUAAAUUUGGGUUGGUUCUUUUUCCAAAACCUCCUCUGCGUCCUCUGUGAAACUCGUCGUCACCGGUGCAAGACCAAGCCUCAGAACCGCUUCUCACAAAUCUGAUGGGACUGCUCUUUUUGUGUGGAAUCAUUCCUCUGUAUCCAAAUAGCCAACAGCCCAUGAAAUGGAUCGGAAUAAUUGUAGUGUCCACAUGCUUGAAAGUUUCCUAGCAUGUGUUACUAAUACAGUUGUACAUCACAGGAUGAGAGGACUGGUGUCUAAUUACUCUCCCAAUGUUUUAACAUCCUUACAUCAUAUGAGACAAUCGUCUUCAGAUCACUUUGGUUGCAUUAGAUUCUGUGUCACUUCUAUCAGACCUUACCCAACCCUGCUUCUUGUCAAACCAAACUUUAAAACAACCUGUAGGAGUUUACCUAGUCUUGAUUUCAUUGUUUUUGCAGCAAGGAUAAAACUGUUCUAAUUUCUGUUUCUGUUGAUGGCCACAAUGUUUGGAUUUACCUGAUCACAUCCGUUUUGUUUUGUUUGUAAUAUAUUUGAACUGUACAAUGUGUUUGUAUUGAGUCUCUUUCUGUGAUUCUUUUUGCCGUAUGUGCUGAACCUUUUUUUUUUCUUCCGAUUUUCUGUAUUUCACUGUGCUGGGUUUUCUUUUGGUUCCUGAGUUUUCGUUACGAAGCUCUGCAACUGAAAAUAUGUGAAAGAUGACAAAUACCAAAAUGAUUUUUUAGUCACUUUUGCAAUAUUGGUUUCUAAUGAUGAAAUAAAUGAUUUACUCUAUUGUA